AUGCCCGAAGUCCACCUUCUCGACUAUGUCGCCGGCAACGUGCGGUCCCUCGUGAAUGCGAUCGAGAAAUGCGGUUAUACAGUCUCCUGGGUCCGAUCGCCCUCCGAGGUCGCCAAUGCAGACAAGCUGAUCCUGCCGGGCGUGGGACACUUUGGCCACUGCCUGUCACAACUGGCUUCGGCUGGCUAUCUCCCCGCGAUCAAGGAGCACAUUGCCGCGGGCAAGCCUUUCAUGGGAAUAUGCGUGGGCCUGCAGGCGCUAUUUGAGGGAUCGCUGGAGGACCCCGAAGUGGCUGGACUGGGAACGAUCAAGGGAAAGCUGGACCGGUUCGAUGACUCCCAAAAGGCGGUGCCGCACAUUGGCUGGAACAGCGCAAACUCGAGCAGCAAGAGCCUGUACGACCUGAGGCCCGAGAGUAAAUACUACUACGUCCACACAUACAAAUUCCCAUACGUACAAGGAGAACUUGAGAGUCAAGGCUGGACGGUUGCAACGGGCACAUAUGGCAGCGAAACAUUCGUCGGCGCCGUGGCAAAGGACAAUAUUCUGGCAACACAAUUCCACCCAGAGAAGAGCGGCGUAGCGGGUCUCCGGUUGAUCAAAUCCUUCCUCACAGGCGAGGGCGCAAAAGCCCUGGGCCAGACAGUGACGGGUCCCGCGCCGACAGGAGGUCUCACGAAGCGAAUUAUUGCAUGCUUGGACGUACGGACAAACGAUCAGGGCGAUUUGGUAGUGACAAAGGGCGACCAAUACGAUGUGCGGGAAAAGUCCGACGAUCGCAACGUGCGAAAUCUGGGCAAGCCCGUCGAGAUGGCCAAGAAAUACUACGAACAAGGAGCCGACGAGGUGACGUUUCUCAACAUUACGUCGUUCCGCGACUGCCCUGUCGCCGAUCUUCCCAUGCUUGAGAUUCUGCGCAGGACAUCCGAGACAGUCUUCGUGCCCCUAACUAUUGGUGGCGGUAUUCGCGAUACCGUGGAUACGGACGGAACCAAGGUUUCGGCACUCGAGAUCGCCACCAUGUAUUUCAAGUCGGGCGCCGACAAGGUCUCAAUUGGAUCCGAUGCUGUGCUGGCUGCCGAGGAGUACUAUGCCGUCGGCCAGAAGCUCUUCGGCAAUACGGCUAUCGAGCAGAUCUCCAAGGCAUAUGGCAACCAGGCCGUCGUGGUUUCCAUCGACCCAAAGCGCGUCUAUGUGCCCAAGGCCGACGCCACUCGCCACGCAACCAUCAAGACGGCGUUCCCUGGCCCCAAGGGCGAGGAGUUUUGUUGGUACGCGUGCACCAUCAAGGGCGGUCGUGAGACGAGAGAUAUGGACGUCGUUGAGGUCGUCAAGGCCGUCGAAGCCAUGGGCACUGGCGAGAUCCUGCUGAACUGCAUCGACAAGGACGGCACCAACUCUGGUUAUGAUCUGGAGCUGAUCACGCAGGUCAAGGACGCCAUCAAGAUACCCGUUAUUGCUUCGAGUGGUGCCGGUAACCCAGCACACUUUGAAGAGGUAUUUGCCAAGACGAGAACGGACGCUGCUCUAGGUGCCGGCAUUUUCCACCGUGGUGAGUACACGGUGAAGGAGGUCAAAGACCACUUGGCACAAAAGGGGCUGGAGGUGCGGCAAUUCGAAGGUAACCUAUGA